AUGCCGAGCCCCGGCAUGGGCCACCUGAUCCCGCACACCGAGCUCGUGCGACGCCUCGCAGUCGAGCAUGGCUUCUCCGUCACCUUCAUCGUCACCGCCGACUGCUGCUCCUCAUCAUUCUACCGGGCCUUCGUCGACUCCAUCCCGCCCGGCGUCUUCUCCCGCCUCGUUGCCUUCGUCGCCGACCUCUUCGGCACGGACAACUUGGACGUCGCGAGGGAGUUCGGCGUCCCCUGCUUUGUCUUCUUUCCCUCCAACUUAUUCCUCUUGUCCUUAUUCUUCCAAAUGCCCACCCUCCACGACACCAUGCCGCGGCUCCCCGAUCCGGUUGCGGUACCUGGAUGCCUUCCGAUACAUUGGAAGGACCUUCCGGACAUGGUGAAAGACCGGACGACCGAAGGUUACAGGUCGCUGCUGCAACAACUGAAACGGUACGAGAAGGCCGAGGGGAUUCUGGUGAACAGCUUCCAGGAGAUGGAGCCGGAGGCGGCGAUGGUGCUGAAGGAGAAAAAGUCCGGCCGACCGCCCGUCCACCUAGUUGGGCCACUAGUGCAAACUGGGCGGCCGAGCUCGAGCCCGGAAGAGUCGCUGUGUUUGAAGUGGUUGGACGAACAACCGGAUGCCUCCGUGCUGUACAUUUGCUUGGGUAGCCUCGGAGUGCUGAGCCGUGAUCAGGUGAAGGAGUUGGCUCUGGGGUUGGAGACGAGCGGCCAUAGGUUCCUUUGGGUGGUCAGAAGACCGGCAGACAACGGCAUCGUCGGAGGCAGCGAAGACGACCCUGCGAGCUACUUGCCUCAAGGGUUUCUCGAUAGGACGACGGAGUCGGGGCUGGUGGUGUCAUUCUGGACGCCGCAGAUCCAGAUCCUGAGCCACCGGGCAGUGGGAGGCUUCGUUACGCACUGCGGAUGGAGCUCGACGUUGGAGAGCGUCGUGCAUGGCGUGCCCAUGACCGCGUGGCCGCUGUACGCGGAGCAGAGGAUGAUGAACGCGCUGAUGCUGGCGGAGGGGCGGAAGGUGGCGCUGAGGGCCAAGGAAGACAAUGACGGCGUCGUCCGCAGGGAGCAGAUCUCUGCGGCGGUGAGGGAGUUGAUGGAGGGGGAGGGAGGCUGGGUGGCGCGGGCAAGGGUGCGACAGCACGAGGUGGUCGCCAAAUGGAAGAACAUGUUCUAA